AUGGUUGCGCAAAACAGACACGAAGGCGACGACAACAGCGGCCGGUCGGCACCCAAGAGGCAGACGAGACGUCCCACCAGAUUUAUGUUCAUCGACUCGAGCAAUGGUGGCGUGAAUGCAAAGCCGGACCGGACCGUCCGGUCCUUUGUGAUGAAGUCAGCCAGGAACAGGAAGACAUGGAGCACUCGGCCAAGAAGUCCGAAAGAGGAGGACCUCGUCGAUGCGCAAAGCCCUGAACAAUUGUCUGACUGUACUGCUGUCAGAUAUGAGCCUGCAUGUUCCGGCGACUUCUGGGCCCUUCAGGACAUUCGUAAAGAUUCUUUAUGGGACAGUCAGGCUCCAGCAUCACCAGCAAGCAGCAGGAAUGGAAGCAUUCUCUCUUCGUAUGGUGGGAACUACACGUGUGAAAUCCCCUCGUCGAGUUACAUAAGCUCCUUAAUGGCAGCGGAGUACAAUCACGCCGCGCACGCGUUCGACGUUCCGCUUGAGCAGCGAGCCUGCCUGACACAGAGACCUGACUCAAGUCUCCGCUCACAAAGUCCAUUUGAUUGCCUCUCAGUGCACCUGGACCCAUAUGCACAGCAGCUUCUUCAUCAGUUUGUCGAAGGCUCAGCACCGAGACUGAUACCGAUAGACCUUCACAGAUUUUCAUCUGUUGCUGCCACCGAUUGGAUCGCAAGAUGUAUACAGAGCCGAAACGGCGCACCGUACAUCUACGCAGCGCUCACAGCUUCAGCACGUAGUGCUGGGCUCAAUUCAGAGGCUUACAAAUGGCGAGCAAUCACGGAGGUCAACAAAUUGCUGUCAAAUCCGACGACUAGUAUCGAUGACACCACAAUCGCCACUGUUCUGAUAUUGCUCGCAAUGGAAGAAUCCGACCUUGCAGAUCCAAGACGACAGGGUAACGAUAGGGAGUGUAGCUUGUCUGCUAACAACGCCCAUCUCAAUGGUUUGAAAACGAUGAUAAGACAAAGAGGUGGUCUUACCUCACUGAACAGUAAUCGCUGCUUGCAGGUCUUCAUAUUGAUGCACAGUACCGCGCAAUGUAUCACUACCUUCAGACGUCCUUAUGCCAUGUUACUGGGUCCCACAGGCAAGAUCGAGGACUAUGCCGCAAUGUCGCACUUGGACUCUCAUCAUUUGGCCAUUUCGAUACCGUUUCAGCGGCUAUACUCAGAUGGUGUGCUUCUGAAUAUCAUCCGUUCCGUCAAUCUCUUCAUUCUUGAUCUGGCCGAUUGGUACAAGACUGGACAGAACUCUUGCCCACUUGACCCCUUCGAGCUCCAAAAGCAUGCGUGUCUCCUGACAUAUCGACUCUUCGAAUGGUAUCAAACAGGUGAAGAAUUUGAGCUGGGCGGUAAAAUUGGAAGAACCCCUCUUGAUCAAAGCAUUUGCCUCGCACACCUUAUCUUUCUGGUCAUGGCAACAGAGCCGCUCGCUCGAUCUAUCGGUUCGCGGUUGGCCAAAAUCGUGCUCAAGCUUCGGCAAGCUUUGCAGCGAGUUCCUCUAUUACAUUGGGCCGCCGCCCCCGAAGCAUUCAUUUGGACGUUAACAGUGGGUGCAUUAGCUGCAAAGGAUCUCCGACAGAUAUCGAACGUACAGCCCUCAGAACUAGCUUUCUAUGUCCAAUACUCUCAAUUGGCAUUCCCGUCAGAAGAUCACAACAGGCUCGCUUCUUCACAGGGCAUACUACAACAAGUACGACAAUGUCCUUGGAUCCCAUCGAUCUUUGACGCAAGAUCAAGGCGGCUGUGGGUGCAAAUGGGUCUUUGCAUGUCAGAAACUGAGGACGUUUACGAGUCGAGUAGUGAGGAAGACGGGCUACCAGUCGAUGAUGAGCAUGCGCUCGGUCAGUCAACAACUGCGAGAUUCUUUCCCGCGAUGAAGUCAGGUUCCAAGAAGUCAAGUCCGAGAUGGAUGGCUGAAUCAGAACGGAAGCGGAAUGGAAGCCGAGUUGAGAGCAGAUUUAGUAGUUGCGCUUCGAGCUAUCUGUAG